GGUUGUGGCAACGAAAAUCUUACUGCUCUGCAGCGGAGUGUGGAUUCAAUGGAGGACAAGGGUAUGUCGGAAGACCCUCGCUAUUCACAGAUGAUGAUGCGUGUACGUCCCCCUAUGCAGGGCUUUGGUGCCCAACAAGGAGAGAUGCCUCAAAAGUACCAACUAUCGGCAGCCCAGCUCAAUAUGCUGCGCUUCCAAAUCAUGACAUACCGGAAUGUGGUGAGAAGUCUCCAGAUACUUCCACAUCCUCGAUUGGCAGCUGCUGGCAAACCUAUGGAAGGAGCACCUCCUUCAACACAGAGCCCAACACCUCCGAGCUUCCAGCAGCCUGUGGGUCCACCAAGUGGACCCGGUGCUUCUCCUGGACCAGGAUCAGGCUCUGGUCCUGGCUCGUCAUCUGGACAAACACCCUCGUCCCAACAAGGACCACCUCAGUCUGGACCUUCGCCGCACCAAGGACCACCUACUCCAGGUCCUCAGCAGCCUCCCACAGGUCCAAGUGGCCCUGGACCCCUUACUCCUGCAACGAGCCAGCCCCCCUCCACUCCAAGUACUCCAGGUGCACCAGGCUCGCCCGGCCCAGCUCAUCCCCCUGCUCCGAGUACGCCCGGCGCCCCUCCCUCCGGCCCGCCCACGCCCGGGCCCAUGCCGCCUCACGGAGCACCCUCACCGCGCCCUCCACACGGGCCGCCGACUCCCGGGCCGGCAAGGACACCGCCGCCAGGGCCUCCUGGACCUUCUCCAGGUCCAUCAGGACCUCCCCGACCUCCAUCCGGUCCACCGCCUUCGGGCUCGCCAGCCCCGCCAGCGGGUCCUCCACAAGGACCCCCACCAGGUCCACUGACUGGUCCGCCUACCGGACCUCCAACUGGUCCACUCUCCAUGAUGCCCGGAGGCCCCCACGGCCCCCACGGCCCGCACGGACCACACGGACUCCACGCUCCCCACGGACAACACGGCCCCCACGGACCACAUGGACCCCACGGGCCACAUGGACCCCACGGCCCGCACGCUCCGCAUGGGCCACAUGGACCACAUGGACUACACGGCCCACACGGCCCGCCUGGCGGUCCACCUCAGGGUCCUCCACAAGGACCUCCGACUCCAGGUCCCUCGCAGCCCGGUCCAGCACCAACGCCUCCUCUCUCUGGCCCCCCUCAAGGCCCUGCUCAGGGUCCUCCGCAAGGACCACCACAGGGUCCGCCCCAGGGUCCGCCCCAAGGACCACCACAGGGACCGCCCCAGGGCCCACCUCAAGGACCACCGCAAGGACCACCGCAAGGACCACCGCAAGGACCACCUCAGGGCCCACCCCAGGGCCCACCUCAAGGACCGCCCCAGGGUCCUCCUCAAGGGCCUCAAGGACCUCCAAAUCUUGGUGGCCCGCAGGGCCCACCAGGACCCCCCACAGGACCUGGGCCUCACGGAAUGCCUCCUACGGGACCAAAUCAAGGACCUCCUGGACCUGGUGGUAUGCCUCCUGGGCCUGGUGGGAUGCCUCCGGGACCUCAGCGCCCUGGACCCACCCCUCCGCCCGGGGGACCUCCUCACCAGGUGAGGUCGUACACCAAUGGCGCCAUGAUUCCGCCUCAGGGUCAGCCUGGAGGACCAGGUGGACCUCCAUCUCAAGGCCCGCACGGUCCCAUGCACCCUGGCGGACCCAUGCACCCCUCCGGCUACCCUCCACACCCCUCGAUGAGCAUGGGCCAGAUGGGCCCCCAUCCUGGACAGCACGGCGGACCAAUGGGACCCCAUCCAGGUGGUCCUAUGGGACAACAUCCGGGGCAUCCCGGUCACCCAGGUGGCAUGGUUCCAAUGGGUCAGCAUGGUGGACCGAUGCACCCCGGCAGUCACCCCGGCGGUCAUCCCGGAGGUCAUCCUGGUGGUCACCCGGGCGGUCCGAUGCACCCGGGCAUGGGACAAAUGGGUCCAAUGGGACAAAUGGGACCCAUGGGGCCCAUGAUGAGCAUGCAGAGAGGCGCCAUGGGGCCUCACCAGGGCCCUAUCGGACCGGGCAUGCCUGUACAUCCCCAGAUGCAGCAGGCUGGCCUGCCUCCGGGAGCUCACCAAAUCCAACAACAAGUUCUGAGCAACACGGGGAGCAUCAUGGGCAAGAAUGCCCGGACCACAUCUAUGCCGAAACCAUGCGGAAUCGACCCUGUCGUCACGCUGGACGAUCGUGAGAGGAGAGUUGCUGAGCGUAUUCAGAUGAGAAUUGAAGUACUGAGCAAUCUGCCUCCCACUCUCUCAGAAGAAGAUAAAAUGCAGGCACAGAUUGAACUGAGAGCACUAAAGGUUCUCAAUCUGCAACGCCAGUUACGAAGUGAAAUAGCUGCAUCCACCCGUCAAAUGACUACUCUUGAGACGGCUCAUAACAUAAAAUUGUACAAAAGAACCAAGCGUCAAGGACUGCGUGAGGCACGUGCCACUGAGAAGUUAGAGAAGCAGCUCAAGAUAGAAGCAGAAAGGAAACGUCGGCAGAGACAUAAGGAAUACCUUGACACAAUUCUACAGCAUGGCAAAGACUUUAAAGAAUUCCACCGUAAUAACCUGGCCAAAGCUGGCCGUCUGAAUAAGGCACUUAUGAAUUAUCAUGCCAAUGCUGAACGUGAACAAAAGAAGGAACAAGAGAGAAUUGAGAAGGAACGUAUGCGACGUCUAAUGGCUGAGGAUGAAGAAGGUUACAGAAAACUCAUUGAUCAAAAGAAAGACAAGCGUUUGGCAUUCUUGCUCUCUCAGACUGAUGAGUACAUUGGAAAUCUCACUGAGAUGGUAAAACAACACAAGUUAGACCAGAAACGCAAGCAACAGACCAAUGUGAAGAGGAGGAGAAGGAGGAGGAGGAAACCUGAGGGUGAAGAGGGUGCUGAAGAUUGCAAAGAUUCUCAUGGGGGUGAAGAUGGAGAUGAGGAAGAGGAGGACUUCAGGACAACUGUUCGAGAAAUUGCUUCUGGUAAGGAAUUGUCUGGUGAGGAUGCACCAUUGGCAAGUGAGGUGGAUGAGUGGCUUGAGGCCAACCCUGGAUGGGAAUGCCUUGAUGAACUUAUUGAAGAUGAAGAAGAUGGUGAAGAAUCUUCUGAAAAGAAAGCCAAAGAUGGUGAAGCAUCCAAAGAGGGUGGUAAGGAGGAGAAAGGCAUUAUCUCCAAACCAAAGGUGGAAGAUGAUGAAUAUGGAAAGAAAGGAGAAGAACACACAUACUAUAGUAUUGCUCAUACUAUUCAUGAACAAAUUACUGAACAAGCUGAUAUACUCAUCAAUGGAAAACUUAAAGAGUAUCAAAUUAAAGGUUUGGAGUGGCUUGUUUCUUUAUUCAAUAAUAAUUUGAAUGGAAUCUUGGCCGAUGAGAUGGGUUUGGGUAAAACGAUCCAGACAAUUGCUCUCAUCACCUACUUAAUGGAACGAAAGAAAGUAAAUGGACCUUUCCUCAUCAUUGUUCCACUGUCCACAUUGUCUAAUUGGGUUCUUGAAUUUGAGAAGUGGGCUCCCUCUGUGAUCUGCCUAGCCUACAAAGGGUCUCCUCAAGUACGACGAUCUCUUCAGGCUCAAAUGCGAAACACAAAGUUCAACACUCUUCUCACAACUUACGAAUAUGUCAUCAAAGAUAAAGCAAUCCUAGCUAAAAUUCAUUGGAAGUACAUGAUUAUUGACGAAGGUCAUCGCAUGAAGAAUCAUCACUGCAAGCUUACCCAGGUUCUGAACACCCAUUAUAUUGCUCCCCAUCGUCUGCUCCUUACAGGAACACCCCUCCAAAACAAAUUACCUGAAUUGUGGGCAUUAUUAAAUUUCCUGCUUCCCUCAAUUUUCAAAUCUGUGAGUACUUUUGAACAGUGGUUCAAUGCACCUUUUGCCACAACUGGUGAGAAGGUAGAGUUAAACGAAGAAGAAACUAUUUUGAUUAUUCGGCGUUUGCACAAAGUUUUGAGACCUUUCCUUCUGCGACGACUAAAGAAGGAAGUAGAAUCACAGCUACCAGAUAAGGUAGAAUACAUUGUGAAAUGCGAUAUGUCUGGUCUUCAAAGAGUUCUUUAUCGUCACAUGCAGAGCAAGGGAGUUCUUCUUACUGAUGGUACUGAGCGAGGGAAGCAAGGAAAGGGUGGUACCAAGGCCCUGAUGAACACAAUUGUGCAGUUACGUAAAUUGUGCAACCAUCCAUUCAUGUUCCAACAAAUUGAAGAGAAGUACAGUGAACAUUUGGAUAUGAAUGGGGGUGUUGUUCAAGGACCAGAACUAUUUAGAACAUCAGGCAAAUUUGAGCUUCUUGACCGCAUUCUUCCCAAGCUGAAGGCCACUAAUCACAGAGUUCUUCUCUUCUGUCAAAUGACUCAACUGAUGACAAUUAUGGAAGAUUAUUUGAACUGGCGUAAUUUCAAUUACCUGCGUCUGGAUGGUACAACUAAAGCUGAAGAUCGAGGAGAUCUGCUCAAGAAAUUCAACAAUCCCAACUCUGAUUACUUCUUGUUCCUUUUGAGUACUCGUGCUGGUGGUUUAGGUCUCAACUUGCAAGCUGCAGAUACUGUUGUCAUCUUUGACUCGGAUUGGAAUCCACAUCAGGAUUUACAGGCUCAAGAUCGAGCUCAUCGUAUUGGUCAACAAAAUGAAGUCCGAGUGCUGCGUCUUAUGACAGUAAAUUCAGUAGAGGAGAGAAUUCUCGCUGCUGCUAGAUACAAGCUUAAUAUGGAUGAGAAAGUUAUUCAAGCUGGUAUGUUUGAUCAGAAAUCUACAGGAUCUGAAAGACAGCAAUUCUUGCAAACUAUUUUGCAUCAAGAUGAUGAUCAAGAUGAGGAGGAAAAUGAGGUUCCUGAUGAUGAGGUGGUCAAUCAGAUGUUGGCUCGCUCAGAGAACGAGUUUGAACUUUUCCAAAAGAUGGACCUAGAAAGGCGGCGUGAAGAAGCAAGUCGCGGAAGUGGUCGUCAGUCUCGUCUUGUUGAUGAAAGUGAAUUGCCUGAAUGGCUCCUGAAGGGAGAUGAAGAAUUAGAACGCUUGGCUUAUGAAGAUGAGGAGUCACCUGAGGUGCUCGGCCGGGGUUCUCGCCAGAGGAAGGAGGUGGAUUACACAGAUAGCCUGACUGAGAGGGAAUGGCUUAAGGCCAUUGAUGAUCUUGGAGACUUUGAGGAUGAAGAAACAGAAGAGGAAGAGAGGCGUCCGCCUGCAAAGAAGGGUCGCAAGAGACGAAAGAAGGAGGGAGAAGAAGAUGAUGAAGAUGAGCCUCUCUCAACUAAGAAGAAACGGGGUAAUGUGGCUAAGAACACAACUCUUGACUCCAAAACCAAAAGGCAAAUGAGAAAAAUAAUGGAUGUGGUCAUCAAACAUUCUGACAGUGAGGAUGGUAGAGUUCUCAGUGAACCUUUUAUGAAGCUUCCAUCUAGGAAGGCGCUUCCAGAUUACUAUGAAGUAAUUAAGAAGCCUGUUGAUAUCAAGAAAAUUGUAGCCCGCAUUGAUGACGCUAAAUACUGUGACAUGGAAGACCUAGAAAAGGACUUUAUGCAGUUGUGCAAAAAUGCGCAGUUAUAUAAUAAGGAACAAUCUUUAAUUCACGAAGACUCCAUUGUCCUUCAAUCUGUUUUCACUAAUGCUCGUCAACAAGUGGAACAAGCAGUAGAGUCUGAUAAUGAAGAUGAAGAAUCUGAACAGGAAUCACGGCCAAGGGGGAAGAGGGGAGGUCGUCCCUCGAAUGCAUCAAAAGGAAGAAAAGGGAAACGAUCUCGCAAAUAUGUAACCAGUGAUGAAGAAGAUGAGGAUGACUGAGGAAGAACUCAUUUUGAAAAAAUGCGGCUUAUCAUAGUUGGCAGCAGACUGACACGAAAGUGCUUGUGAAUGAACUUUGUAUAUGGUAUGGUCUUUAUGUAUGUGAGGGUGAAUGUAAGUGUGCAUGGUUAAUGGGGAAUGUCAUUUCUCCAAUCAUCAUUACAUUAAUGUAAGUAGCUUCCUUUCCUGUACAUACGUGAUGUCUUUUAUUGUGUAUGAUAAUUCAUCAGUAUUUUAUUGUAUAAAAUAAUUUUCUUUAUGGUAGUGUUUGGUGGUGGAUUAGUUUAAAUAUCAAUUUAUUAAGAUACUUUACUGUGCCUGUGCAUAUUUAACAGUGACAUUGGCAUUCUGUCGUCUCUUUACUGUUAUUCUUACAAUCAAAGCGACAUUUCACUAGAAAACGCAUUGCAUUUCCAUGACUUUAUUAUCCUAUUAGCGAUUUUAAAUCUAACCUAAUAGUGUUCCAGGGAUGCAUUGUUUCGUUUUUAUGUCGUAAAAUGUCGGGUAAAACUAGUUAUUGGUAACUUAUUUCUGUUGCAAGUAAAAAUGCAAUCUCAUUCUGUUCUCACUAGAUCUCUGCAAUUGGAGAAUACGUGUAAGACUUUGUAAUUAAUGAAUUAGAGGCAUUAUGAAUCAUGAAUAAAGUGACACUGUCUAUUACCAAA